UCCCCUAUAGGUGAUAAUAGGAAACCAUUUUAUAAUCCUAACUGUGUUGUUAGCACUAAUGCUCAAUCUGUUGUACCUUUAUGUUGUGAUACUGUGAAUGAAUGUAGCACCCUUAAUGUUUCAAACAAGCCACAAGCAGAUGUUGUUGUGAAUACAAUGCCCAACAAAGACGGUGCACCCAGAAUUCACCCAGAAGUUAAUAACACAUGUAACAAAGACUAUUGUAGCAGCAAAGAUGUCUAUGCUAAAAGUACUAAAGUAAUCGAAAAGAAGAAUAGGGUUAGCCUUAACCAAAAUGGAGCUGUUGGAGGCAGUGAGCCUAGCUCAUUAAAGAUGGACAAUGAUUCUAUAAAAGGGUUAAAGAUAACUGAAUCUUCAUCUGAACGGCGUGACAAUAUCCCAACAAACGCUAGUGAAUCCCCAACCAGGAGCAUUGUGAGGAAACUUAGUAAUGCUUCCAGCAAUCUGGUCAGAAAACUAAGUAAUAUUGACAGCAGGAACAAACUCGCUAUGAAACAUGGCAAUCUUGAUAUUAAGGAUAAAAUACUCUCAAGGAAACCCAGUAAUGCGGAACAUUCAAAAAUUCAUGAUGUUCUCUUGCGUAAGGGUACAUCGCCCAGUUUCAAUAUUUCUAACAUUAUAACGUCACUCACAAAAAAUAGAUGUGGCCCCUUAAAAGGGACAUAUAGCAUACCUGCUGACUCAGCCAGUAUUGAAAUGAGGGACUUCACAAAUGUACAAAAAGGGAAUCAUAACUCUGACAAAAAUAGGUGUAGCAAAGAAAAUAUCACAUCUGGCUCAACAGACACAAUUGAAGAUGAGAUUCCAAAUGUAAAUGAUGCUAAUAAUGCCAAAGACAAUACAAGUAGUCAAGCCAUCAAUAAUCUUCAUGUUGAAAACAUCAGUGAGAGAAACCCUUCAAGUGAUACAACAUUUGAUGACACAACUACAAAACCUGCCAAUCAAGAUGAUGACACAAGCUCCCCAAGUUGCCAAAGCAUGACCACAGUCCAAGGGGUUAAUACAGAGACUAUGCAUCCCAUAGCCAGGGCUCUUAUUACCACAGAAAAUUUGCCAACCCUGCGCUCAAUUCAUAAACCAACGGUGGGUCCUGAUGUUGAAAACCCUGAAUCGUGGCUACAUACCUCAUAUGUCAAUGACUCUUAUAUAAACUAAACUUAGCAUUAUGUAUUGCUUUUCUAAGCUUUAUGUCUGCUACUUUAUAAUGUAACAGUUCCUUUUAAAAACAGAAAUGUUUCAAUUUUAUUUUCAAACAGCUUAGAAAGAAAUAUUGCAAAUGAAACAUUUUUGUUGUAACUUGCAUGCUGUUUGUUGCACAUUUGAAAUGCAUGUAGUUGAGCAUAAUAUUCUCACAUGGGCUGAAGACUUAAGACCCAGCUAUUAGAUAAAUUAUUGAUAAGGCAUGUAUGGAAUCAGCUGAAAUUAAGCAAUAAUGAACCUUGACU